GUGUCAGUUUGCCAUAGCCUGCUGAAGCUGAGCCAGCCACCACGUGAUUUUGAAACUUCGUUUGUUUACAUUUUUCAAUUCUAAAUGUUUACAAUACAUUUUUCUUAUGAAUAAUAUUAGUUCAUGGGAAAAUGUCUUCAAGUGACUCUGAAUCCAGCGAUGAAAGGGAACCCUUUUCAAGACUGGGCGAUUGUGAGGUAUGCGGCGACAAAAAGGCCAUUUAUUCGUGCCCUAAAUGCGAAGUAAAGACUUGUUGUCUAAGCUGCGUGCAGAUACAUAAAAAGGAGUUGGAAUGCGAUGGGGUUCGAGAUCGUACGAAGUUUGUUCGUAUGAAAGACUUCACUGAUACUGAGCUACUGAGCGAUUAUAGACUACUAGAAGAAUGCGCACGCUUUGUGUACGGUGUGAAAAGGGACGAAAAGAAGAAAUUUACUAGGAUCGACAAGGAUUUGCCUGUACAUCUUUUCAAGUUGAAAAUGGCCGCAAGAAAGAGAGGGAUAGUAUUGCAAUUCUUAGCGCAGAACUUCACGAGACACUCCAUAAACACUACUCGUUACAACUAUAAAACAAACAUAAUACAUUGGAGAAUAGAGUGGGUGUUUCCUAAUGUGGAGUAUGAACCAGUCAAAUUUGUUGAUGAGAAAUGCUCAGAAAAAACCAAAUUGGCAGAAUUAGUUGAUAAAUAUUUGAAUCCGGAUGCGGUGCCAUUUGAAGGGUCAAAAGCAUUGACUUUUUAUAAAUCUGCAGGCUUUAGUGGCAUCAAAGUUCUACUCAGAGCUGAAAAAGUAAAAGGCUCGGCCAGAAAAUUCUUUGAAUUGGACACUAGUGAAUCUCUGGCAGAGAAUCUAUCUGGCAAGUGCAUUGUAGAGUUUCCCAUCGUAUUUGUGGUCCUCAAAGACCAUGCUUACAACUUUGAGAUUAUAACACCAGAAGACACAUUCCAUGAUACUGAAAACCAAAAUAAAUAUCCAAGAAGUGAAAAAUGCAGUGAAGAAGUUAAAAAAACUGCUUCAAACACAUUCAUUCAAAAUGGAACUAGAGAUACUCAUAAAUCACCACAAAGUAAUGACAGUUUCCCAUCGCGUAAGAGGCCGUUGUUAACUGAGAAAAUUGCCAAAGAAAAAGAGAUGGAAAUACAGAAGGAAAUCAAAGCAGCUAAAAAGAAGAGGCCUAAAAAUCUCCUCUUCACUACGGGCUACUCCUCUGAAGAGAGUAUAUCGGAUGAUGACAAUUACAAGGAAAGUUAGGUUAAGAAUAAACUUUGUAUUUGUACA